AUGGCACCGCCGGCCGAGAUAUCGAUUCCGACGACGUGCCUCUCCUCCGUGACCGACUCCAAGCCCUACACGCUCUACAACAUCACCCUGCGCCUGCCGCUGCGCUCCUUCGUCGUGCAGAAGCGCUACUCGGACUUCACGGCGCUGCACCAGACGCUCACGCACCUCGUCGGCGCCGCGCCGCCCGCCCCGCUGCCCGGCAAGUCGUGGUUCAAGUCAACCAUCUCGUCGCCCGAGCUGACCGAGGACCGCCGCCUCGGGCUGGAGAAGUACCUGCGCGCCAUCGCCGAGAGCCCCGACCGCAGGUGGCGCGACACGCCCGCCUGGCGGGCCUUCCUGAACCUCCCGAGCAGCAGCACGACCAACUCGGCGGCGAGCGCGAGCGGGAUCGGCAUUGACGGCAGGGUGCCGGCGAUUGGACUGCCGGGAGCCAACACGGCUGCUGCGGCGGACCCGGGCACGUGGCUCGACUUGCACCGCGAGCUCAAGGCGGCGUUACAUGAGGCGCGGCUGUGUCUUGCACGACGAGACGCGGCACUGGAGAAUGGACAAGGCAAGGGCAACAGCGCUGCGUUAGAAGCGGGCGCGGCGGCCAAGAGAGCUUUGGUCAAGGCUGGGAGUCUACUGCCUUCCCUUAACGAGGGGCUACGGGCAAUGAGCGAGUCGAAGAGAGUGGGCGAAGGCGAGCUACGGAGGAGGAGAGAUCUGAUAUCGGCGGCGAGGUCUGAGCGGGAUGGUCUCGAGAAACUCUCUGCCAGCUUGGCUAGCACACGCGGGGCAAGUGCAAGGGAAGGCAUGCCCAAUGCGGGAGACAAGUCGGCCUUGCUCGCCGGCGGAUCCUCAUCAGGGCCGAGGGCGGGCGGCCGUGUCCUCGGAGCACCGCUGGCGGAGACGGAGCGGACUCGGGAGCUCGGCAAUGACGGCGUGCUACAACUACAAAGGCAACAGAUGGAGGAGCAAGACCAGGACGUGGAAGCUCUGACGAGGAUCGUCCGACGACAAAAGGAGAUGGGCCUUGCGAUCAAAGAAGAGGUCGAUCGCCAGACCGAGAUGCUCGACCAGAUGAACGCGGACGUGGACCGCGUAUCAGGCAAGGUCAAGGUCGCCAAGGACCGCACUCGGCGACUGGGCUGA